AUGAAGGUCAUUUGUCUCCAUGGAAAGGGUACCAGCGGCGCCAUCUUCCGGUCGCAGACCUCAUCUUUCCGCGCGAAACUGCCAGACCAGAGCAUCGAAUUUGAUUUCGUAGACGGGCCCUUUGAAGGAAGUGCCGCUGCCGGCGUGGACCUCUUCUAUCCCCCUCCUUACUUCUCGUGGUGGGAGAAUGACACAGUGGACGAUGUGCGGGCAGCGGUGGCACGGUUGAAUGAAUACAUCGCCACAAAUGGCCCUUACGACGCGGCACUGAUGUUUUCGCAAGGCUGUGUCCUGGGUUCAUCGGCGCUGCUUUUCCAUCAAGAAGAAACACCACACUUACCCGCCCCCUUCAAGUCAGCUAUCUUUGUCUGCGGUGGUCCGCCUAUGCGCAUCCUGGAGGAACUGGGAUUUCAUGUGUCAGCACAAGCGCGCGAGCGCGACGUGGCGUCCAGGAACGCACUCGCUCAGCAAGCGGAUAAUUCCGCAAUUUUGACCCAAGGCUCCAAUCGCUGGACCGGCCUUGAAUCCAUUGAUGGAGGUCUCUCCGAGGAAGAAUUGCGACGUGAGAUUCAGUGCCCGUACCGCAUUCCUAUCCCUACGGUGCAUAUAUACGGAUUCAAAGAUCCGCGGUACGCUGCCGGCGUACAUCUGUCUGCGAUAUGUCAGCCCGAGAAAAGGCGGACGUACAAUCACGAAGGCGGACAUGAAAUUCCUCGCACCCUGAAUGUCAACUAUGCCAUCGCGGAAUCUGUCCGGUGGGCUCUAGCCGAAGGAGAAAAGUGUGUGUGA